UUUGAUUGGCGAUUUGUCUAAUUGUCAUCGGCGCUGUCACUUUCUGUUCGGAAUGAAAAUUUGGCUCCAUGGUUUGUGAUUUUCUUCUUGUGAAAUUGUAGGAUUGCACGAGCUCGCGAAACCAAUUGAAAACGCACAUUUCUUGGAGCUUCGAGUGAUUUCAGACCAAUCACCUAAACAACAUGGGUCACGGAUUCGGUGAGCUUGCAAAAGUACGAGGAAUUGUCACGCACAAGAUCUCCCCUUUCGAGCAACGCGCCUUUGCGAAUGUGAUCAGCAAGGGUGUACCAAAUACGCUUCGACGAAUUCGCUCGCAAAUCUUCAUCGUGGCUCCGCCAUUCGUCAUGGGAUACAUGGUUUACAACUACAUUGAAAAUUUGCACACCCAGCUGAAUCGUAAGAAUCCUGCCGAAUUUGAGAACGAUUCCUAAGCUUAUUACCUAGAUGAUGCAUAAUUUGGCAUAAUUAAAAAUGUGUCAUAUUCAGGCAUGAUAGCAACAUAAUAAACAUAUUUAAAAUGUGA